UGUGGCUUUUCACUACAUUGUAAAUAUUGUGUCGGACUUCAUGGCGUGGAAGAGGGCUGUUUGCAGGGCGUGUCUGUAAUUUGCAAAAAAAAAAAAAGUUUUUGGCAGGACAUGAUGUUGCUAGUCAGGAGGCUGCUCACACUUAACGGAGUUGCCAUCCCAUCUGGGGGCAGCAUCACGUGCAAUGGAAAAGGGGUCCACCGUGCACAGAGCACAGCUGCAGUCGGUUUGAACGUCUCGGUGCAAAAGCCACAGGACUUUGGCUGCCAGAAGAGGAGCGAUUCUAAUUCCAGAAUAGCUGGGGACUCGCCGUGCGAUCUGUGCACCGCUGACGAAGCCGGUGCUGGUUUAAUAAGAAACGAUGGCGACUCUCUGAGGGACACUAACUUUCCCCUGGAACGAGCUCCGGGUUUGAGGCCUGGGACACGUACUCGCAUCUUGGGGAAAUCUUCAGCGAAGUUUGCCGAACGCCUCUGGGACCCAUGCGGGCCGCUUUUGAGACAGACCUGCUCACUCCACCAAGACCACUCGCAGGUUGAUGGGAUUGCCGAGGAGGAAGUUGACAAACCCCAGGACGCCAAAGGGAGCAACGCUAAACAGCACAAACAAGUGUUAAGCGAACGCUCUCGGGAGCGAAAAGUGCCAGUCACAAGGAUUGGGAGGCUUGCCAAUUUUGGAGGUUUGGCAGUGGGUCUUGGCAUUGGGGCACUGGCUGAAGUGGCCAAACAGAGUCUUAAGUCAGAGGACCGAACAGGAGGGAGAAAGGCCGUUCUGGACAGCCCGUUCCUGUCGGAGGCAAACGUGGAGAGGAUUGUUCGGACGCUGUGCAAGGUGCGAGGCGCUGCCCUCAAGCUGGGGCAGAUGCUGAGCAUUCAGGAUGAUGCCUUCAUCAAUCCUCAGCUUGCUAAGAUCUUUGAGAGGGUCAGACAGAGUGCAGACUUCAUGCCAAUGAAGCAGAUGAUGAAAACCAUAAACAAUGAUCUGGGCCCAGACUGGAGGGGCAAGCUGGAGUUCUUUGAGGAGAGGCCCUUCGCCGCGGCCUCCAUCGGCCAGGUGCACCUAGCCAGGAUGAAGGAUGGCAGGGAGGUGGCCAUGAAGAUCCAGUAUCCUGGAGUGGCACAAAGCAUCAGCAGCGAUGUAAAUAACCUGAUGACUGUCCUCAGCAUGAGCAAUGCCUUACCCGAAGGUCUGUUUCCUGAGCACUUGAUCGAGGUCAUGAGCCGCGAGCUGGCGCUGGAAUGCGAUUAUAUAAGAGAGGCCCAGUGUGCCAAGAAAUUCAAAGAGCUCCUGAAAGGCCACCCUUUCCUCUACGUUCCCGACGUGGUCGAUGAGCUCAGCAGCCAGCACGUCUUCACCACGGUACUGGUACCCGGGUUCCCUCUGGACAAGGCCGACAACCUCUCUCAGGAGCUCAAGAAUGAAAUCUGCGAGAACAUCCUGGUCCUCUGUCUCAGGGAGCUCUUUGAGUUCAGAUACAUGCAGACAGACCCCAACUGGUCCAACUUCUUCUAUGACCCACAAACUCAUAGGGUUGCGCUGUUGGACUUCGGUGCCACUAGAGGUUUUGACCGGAGUUUCACAGACACCUAUAUUGAGAUCAUCAAAGCCGCUGCAGAUGGAAACAGAGAAGGUGUGCGGAAGCGGUCAAUAGAGAUGAAGUUCCUCACGGGCUAUGAGUCAAAGGUCAUGGAGAGCGCCCAUGUGGACGCCGUGAUGAUCCUGGGCGAGGCCUUCGCGUCCGACAAGCCCUUCGACUUCAGCAGCCAGAGUACCACGGAACGCAUCCACGGCCUGAUCCCCGUGAUGCUGAAGCACCGCCUCACGCCUCCGCCCGAGGAGACUUACUCCCUGCACCGCAAGAUGGGUGGCUCCUUCCUCAUCUGCUCCCGCCUUAAAGCCAAGAUCUCCUGCAAAGCCAUGUUCCAGGAGGCCUACGCCAAGUACUGGAGCGAUCGGCAGGCAGAUCUCACCAAAUGA